UUCGAUGUUUUCUAGAAUUGCUUCUGCUAGCACUGCCUUCCUGUCGAGACAAGCAACGAAAUUUUCUCGUCCGGUGUAUGGUUUGAGCCGUUUCGCUAGUCAGUCCUCUCGUGCCUAUUCCACGGGGUCCGCUAGUGCAUCUUAUUUCCAGUAUGGAUUUGCUGUUGCCGCUGGUCUUGGCUGCGGUGCGGCUGUUCUUUACGGAAACCGCUUGUUUGCCGUUGAGGCAAGAGCCGCUCCACAUUCCUUGUUUGGAUCCCCACUGUCCUUGCGACGAUGCCAGCCUUCACCCCUGCACGAAGGACCACCAUUUCGUCCCUGGUUGCCACGAGCUGAAGAUCGUCUCUGGAAACAGCAACCGUCCUCUGGCCGACCGCGUUGCGUCCUGCCUUGGCACUGCAGUCACCAAUUGCGCCGUGUCCAAAUUCAAUGACGGCGAGACCUCGAUCCAGAUCAACGAGAGCGUCCGCGGAAAGGACGUCUACAUCAUCCAGUCCCUCUGCGCCCCGACGAACGACAACCUGCUGGAGCUGAUCUUCCUGAUCAGCUCAGCGAAGCGCGCGUCUGCGAAGCGCGUGACGGGAAUCAUUCCCUUCUUCAGCUACCGCCAGAACAUGCAGCGCGUGAACAACCUCCCCGCCAACACCUCCUUCGUGAUGAGCUCCGCCGCGGAAGUGGCGAAAAUGCUGGAAGUCGUGGGCGUGGACUACGUGGUGCUGGUGGAUAUGGAGAGCCAGAGCCGCCUCGGCAAGCUGGACGGCGGAAUCUUCUCGAACCGCACGCCGGUCGAGGUGCUGGACGCCAGCAAUCUGAUCAUCGAUUACUUGAAGGACAAGGUGAAUCCGGAGCGCAAGGUGGUGGUGCUGACGCCGCAUCCGAAGGAUCUGCCGCGCGCGGCGCUGGUGCGGAACCAGCUCGCGGAGUACUACCCGGGCUUGGACAUCCGCGCGAUGGAGGGCGAGUAUAUCUCGCAGAUUCUCGGCGGAGAGGAGAGCUGGGAGGAGAAGGACAUGAAGAACCCGGAGACGCUGAAGAACUGCGAUGUGAUCAUUGUGGACUUCGCGGUGAGCUCGGGCAAGACGAUGACGCGAUGGGCGAACUUCGUGAAGUCGAAGGGAGCGAACCAUGUGUUCGGAGUGGCGUCGCACGGAGUGCUGAUGAACCAGGCGCCGAAGACGAUUCAGUUGAGCGAUCUGGAAGAGCUGAUGGUGCUGGAUACGGUGCCGGUGCCGCAGGAGAAGAUCGAUCAGUGCAAUAAGCUGCGCGUGAUUUCGGUGGCUCCGAUGAUCGCGAAUGCGGUGAAGGACAUUCACUACGUGGAUAAGGAGAGAUUUGUGUUCAAGGAGGAAUAA